AUCACGAUGUUUGGGAAAAAGCAGAUGGGUGCAGGGUAUUAGUAUUACUUAGUUUUUUUAGAUUAAUACAGUAAUUAUUAAACUACUCAAGAGUUCUGCUUUUCUGAGUUACCUCGUUACCAAGUUUUUACUAGUACUUUGUAGUGAGACCAAUGGUUUAAUAAACAAGUGAAAAAUAGAAGACAUGAGUAACAGUAGUAUUAGUUUUGAUAAUUAUACUGCUGUUACUGUAAGUACGAAACUUAGUACAACUAGUACUAGAACUAAUAGUAGUACUAUUUGUGAAGCAAGAGAAAAGAUUUUAUCACAAUUUCAGAAAUCAUUUAUAGAGAUUGACCAUCAGUGGAAGCUUUGGGAAAAUAGUUUUAAGGAAGCUGAACUCGAUGUUCAUGUAAAGAUACUGUCUAAUUUGAUUGACAAUGCUCAGUCUUGUCAAAAUGCAAAUUUAGGAAGGGCCAACCUUAUUAAACAUUUCCCUGACAUAAGAGAAAAGCUUUUGUUUAAAAUUGAAAGAGAUAUUGAAGAAGAAAAGGAUUUAUUAUCAUCUCUUUUGAAAACUCUCCAAAAUAUUUAUUCAUCAGUAUCCAGUCAAUGUGAUAACAGUUUUAAAAUAUUUGAAAAAUAUAAGCUAGAUUUAUCUAGUGUUGCUGAAACUCAGAAGACGGAAGUGUGGCCAUCUAUAUCACAGAUGUUGCAAUGGUUAAAAGAACUAGAAAAAGCCUUUGAAAAUGAAUGUUUGGUGAGAGAAUUUGUUUUAGAAAAUAUGGACCUGCAUGAACCUAGUACCACUGAAAACCUAAUGAAGAUCUGGUGCGAUUAUUCAAAAUUGAGGAUACUAGUUAACGAUGUGAUGACAUUUGUUAGCUUUUUCAUUCAAGCAGAUCUGACCAAAAUCUCAUAAGAAGACAAAGUACUGAAGGCACCAUGAAUAUUUGUUUUUGGGAAUAAUGGUUUACUAGUUUUAUAGUAGAGAAUUGGGAAGGCUUCAUAAGAAAAAAUGUGCUAGAGAAGUAUGUAUGUGUUAAUUUGCAAAACGAGGUAACUUAUUAAGAACUGUAAAUUAUUACUAAAAACCUUAAUUUGAGUUUUUGUCAUGUGUAUAUCAAAAUUGGAUUAAUAAAGAACACCUUAAGAUAUCUAAA